CAUUAUAGUAUAGUAAUGCUUAAAAAUGGCAUAAAACGUCAUAGUAUCGUAAGGCAUAAAAACAGCAUAAAACUUCACAGCAUAGUAAGGCAAAAAACGUCAAAGUAUAAUAACAAUUUAAAAGAGUCAUAGCAUAGUAAGGCAUAAAAAGUCACAUUUUUUGUUUACUAACCAGUCGCCUAAUGUUCAUAGUUCUAAUAAUUUCUGAUUUAUAGAUUGAAUCAAAAUUUUGAGAGCUGUUGGUGGCUCUGUAUUUUCUUGUGCUGUUUUGAAAUGCCGGAUUGUACCUUUAAAGGUCGCUGAUUUGUGUUGCCAUAGAAACUUGGGAAGGAACGCUUGAGGCGCUUGCUAAAACACACUUUGAAAAGAAACUUCAACCAACGAUUAGAGGAGGAAGAGUUAAAACUUUUGAGUGAGAGUGUGUGAAUCGUGAAAUCGGUCCGAGAAGCUUCAAACACGGCCAGGAGUCAUGAGUCUUUCCAAACCUGUCCACAAGCUUUCACCGGAUCUGUUUGAGAGGAGCGGCUCUGCGGAAUCUAAAUUCAACAAGACCACUCUCCUCUUUGAUCUACAGAAGAGACGCCGGGAGGACGAGGGGCUCACAGCAGCGUUAGAGGAGCGCGAACAGAAGUUGGAGAGCUUGCACCAGUGCAGAGAUGAGUUGCACAAGGUCCACCAGAAAGUGCAGAAGUUAAAAUCAAGCUUCGAUACAUUUCUCAAGAAUGAAGAUGCUGAUCGAGCUGUUGAGAAAGCAGAGAAGGAGAGGAAAGAGGUACUCCAAAAAACCAAAGAGAUAGAGAGGCUCAAGAAGGAAAAGGCUGAACUUAUAGAGGGGAGUCAGCAGCUAAAACUUGACCUGCAGAGUCACACUAUUUACCAGGACAUCCUGGAGCAAAUGGUGAAAUUGACUAAGUUCAAAGAUGUGGACUUGCUCACGGAUUAUGUGGAGAGUCUUCUCCGCUUGAAAGACCAGCUCUCUGUGAGGGAGAGAGCGGUGCAGGAGCAGGUUUACAACAUGAAAAAAGAACUGGUGGCACUGAAUGACCAGCAUCAUUUGCUGCAGCUGCAAAAGAACAAUGAACUGUCCCAGCUCCAGACCGAGCUGGACGACACACGCUCUGAAACUCUACUCUGGGAAAGGAAGUGGACCCAAAUUCAGGAAACUGCUGCAAAGAAGACUCUUCAGCUGGGACAAAUUAAGAUUGCAAUCCUAAACCUCUUUGAAAUGACAGGUGGCACAUCAUCAGAAGAAGAAGAAGAAGAAGAAAAAAAAGAAGGAGAAGAUGAAGGUGUCGAUUUGAAUGAUGCAGAGAAACAGCUGGACAAGAUCAUGGUGUUCAUCCACGACUAUGCAAACGUAGUGAAACAACAUCAAACUCCCUCGCAACAUCAGACCCUCUCCACACUCACCGAUGUACAGAAAAGUGACAAUGUAAACGUGCGAAUCACAUCUCGCUCUAAACAUGUUUCAUUUUGAAAUAAAACAUAAGUUUCUAUGCUGCUUUAAAACAGAAUUCACUGAACCAGUAUUGAAUAGCUGAUUAAAGUUUGUUACUCUGUGAGUUAACUGAACUUUAAACUUGAUGACAAAGAACUUCAUUAAACUGAAAACACUGAGGAAUGCACCAGUCACCACCUGACUGAUCAUUUUGACAAGGAUUCCUAUUUGGAUCAGCUUUACAAUUACUGUUGUUAUUCUGUCAGUAAUGAAAAAGUAUAAGGGUUUGGUGUAAUAUUGAUAGACAUAGUGGGCACCUGUCCUAAUUAUGGUUUUGGUUGUACUGAUUUGAAUUUAGAAUAAAGACCUAUGUGGCUGACCAGAGACACUCUUUUUCAAAUAUCGUGUGUUCAGAAACCUUCCUUCAUUUUUGGUUGUUUUCAACUUUAAAAUCCUAUUCAUUUUUACACAGUGACAGUCCAAGGUUCAUGUAAAAGAAGAAAUGGUUUUGGUAACAUCUGUGUAUUGAUACAGAGCAGAAAGUUGUGUAAAACUGCGGCGUUGUGUGUGUGACAAGGUUACAAGGAUCAAAAUUUGUAUUUCUCAGUGUAAAACAUUGGGAAUGUUGCAUGAAAUUUACAGUUUUCUCUAUAUCUGUAUACUGACAUACACCAAACGUUUCUUUUUUCACUGUUUGUAUUUAACCUCACCAGUGACCAUUUGUUCAUAGAUUUGAAUCACUGUCUCUUUUAAACAAAAACUCUUUGCCACAAGCACAUUUAUUAUUUUUUUGCCUCCCUCAGCAGCCAGCUUGGUCUGUGUUUGUAUGAAAUGUUCACAGCUAGAGUGAGUGACAUCACACACAACAGUGGGGAGAAGCUGUUUAACUGAUCUGAAAAAUUUCAGUUUAACUCGUCCUCACGGCCACAAGUUUCUCUCUACACAUAUUAUUUUUUCCCAGAACAUAGGCAAAUUUGCCUUCUUUCAUGCAAUGUGUCUACCAAAGCACAGUGACUCACUGAAUUUGAACUAUGACCUUCAAAGUGGCAGGAGUGCCAUCCAACUGUCCGAUUCACUCUAAUGUAAACUGAGAGCAGAAAAUCAGAUGGAAAACAGAAAGGAGAAAUUGCUGCACCUCCAUAUUUUUGACACCAUGGACAAAUAUUCAUGUAUUAUUAUUUAUGUAUAUUUAUUGUAGCUGCUGGAGGUAAAGCUACUGUAUAUUGAACUACUUUAUAUACAGUUUUAUAAACAGGGAUACUAUAUAAAUCUGAGUGGUCAAAGUUCUGAUACACAAAUCUGUUUUCAGUUUUUGUACUUUUCUCUCUCUCUGGAUAAUUUCAACAUGUAAAUGAAAAGAAAUGAAAAUGAGGGAGGUAAGGUAAUUAGGUAAAUUUAGUGGAGUUGUUAACAAGAUAUCUGAAAUGUGACCCUGGCUACACUCUGCUUUUUGUUAGAAGCCAUAAAGGUUAUCAACCACUGGUUUAAUCUUUAAAAAUGUGUUGUAUUUUAAAAGCUUAUUAUAGUAUCCAUUGUGUAACAUCUUCAUCUUAAAAGUAACUAACUACAGUUGUAAAAUAAAUGAGCCUAGUGGAGUAGAAAGUACAAUAUUUCCCUGUGAAAUGUAGUGGAGAGAAAAAAUAAAGUAAAAUGAAAUACUCAAGUAAAGUAUAUAUACCUUGAAAUUGUACUGUACAGUCCUUGAGUAAGUAUAUUUAGUGACUUUACGCAACUGGUAAGUUGUUUGUAGACCAGCUCCUCGUUGUAAUUAACAGGCCUUGAUUAUAGGUUCUGAUUUGGUUCUGAAAGUGGUAACUAUACAUACAAGUUAACUGAUUUUAACUUGAAAAAUACUGUAUAUUUAUCAUAAUUAAAUGAAUUAUACUGUUGCUCCUGCUGUCUGCAUGAUGACCAAAUGAAUCCAAGGUAAUAUAGGUAAUUGAUCAUUUAGAAUGUAAGAGCCUGUACUGUCACCAUGUGGCCAUUAAAGAACACAGC